CCAACACUUUUCUCUCCAGGAACAAUAGGCCCGGUAGACAAAACCAACUGGUCCAACUCCUCCACCCCCACCACCCGCCAUUUUUAUACCUCGCAUGCAAACAUGUCCUUUGUCCGUAAAACCCCAGAGCACGGCUAUGGAGCCGCCGGCUCUCCUAGGCGUCUGAAAGUGGCUUUCAUGAACUCCUUCACGGCUCUGGUCAACAAGUGCGCCAAACAAGCCGGCCGUGUCUCGAAGAAGCUGAAGAACAAGCCGAGCGGAAACUGUAGGGUAGAGCCGAAAUCGUCGCCGCUUUCGUUGUAUUUGAGCGAGCCGAAGUCGCCGCUGAGCAAGCCGAAGCAGCUGUUAACGACCAUAAGCAAUAAGGCGAUCAACUACGUGCAGCAGCACAGGAAGAAGAAAGGAGAUCAUGAUGAUCGUGAUUCGGUGGGACCCGAUGAGUGGGGAGACGGUGGGGUCUGGCAGAGGGCGAUCUUGAUGGGGGAUAAGUGUGAACCGUUGGAUUUCUCGGGUGUAAUUUAUUAUGAUAGUCAUGGGCAGCAGCUGAACGAUCUCCCUCUCAGGUCUCCUAGAGCCAGUCCUUUGCCUGGCUACCUUGAGAGGGCGAAGAAGUGACCCAAAAAGAGAAAAACGAAAUAGAAACAAAAAAAGAAAAAGAAAGAAAGCUCUGUGAUUGUAUCACCCGCGGGGGUUAUGUAUUCGCUAUGUCACCGUAGAUUUUUCAUUUAAGGAACACAAAAUACGACACCAUGUGUGUCAGCUCCAUCGAUUGAAAUUA